UCCCGCCUGCCUUCGGAAGAUCGGAGUUGGCGGCUGGGCUCGCGGGGAUUAAACUGUCAGCGGCAAGCUCAGAGGAAGGAGUUAAUGAUGAAUAGUAACAAAGAACCAUAUUUUGUGAAGUUUAUAAAGUCUGCAAAAAAUUCAGAAUUUUUCCUUCAGGCCCUCGAGUCAAUAAAAGAAUUUCAAUCAGAUGAAUUUCUCCAGAUUCUUGAAAAUGAAGCUGCGCUGAAAAUACAAGAGAAUGACAAAUCUCUUUAUAUAUAUGAUCAGUUUAGUGGCAUUGCUUUUAAUCAUCUUCAAAAGCUUGGCUGUAGAAUCGUUGGACCUCAAGUAGUCAUUUACUGUAUGCAAAACCAGCGAUGUGUUCCAAGGGCUGAUUACCCAGUUUAUAACAUGGCUAUGGCUGAUGUAACAGUGUCCUGUACAAAUCUCCAAAAAGAAGCACGAGAGGAGGUCCACAAGUAUGUUCAGAUGAUGGGUGGCCGUAUAUACAGAGAUCUUAAUGUGUCGGUAACACAUCUUAUAGCUGGAGAAGUUGGAAGCAAGAAAUACUUAGUUGCUGCUAAUUUAAAGAAACCCAUUUUACUUCCCUCUUGGGUGAAAACAUUGUGGGACAAAUCACAAGACAGCAUGAUUCGAUACACAGACAUAAACGUGAGAGACUUCUUAUGUCCUUUGUUUCGUGGUUGUACAGUCUGUGUAACGGGCUUAAGCACUAUGGACCGAAAAGAGGUCCAGCGCCUCACUCUUGAGAAUGGUGGCCAGUAUUCAGGGCAGCUCAAGAUGAAUGAAUGUACCCAUCUUAUUGUGCAAGACCCGAAAGGCCCGAAAUAUGAAUGUGCAAGAAGAUGGAAUGUCCACUGCAUAUCUAUCCAGUGGUUCUUUGACAGCAUUGAGAAGGGAUUUUGCCAGGACGAAUCGAUGUAUACAGUAGAACCCGGGUCAAAGCAAGAGAGUGCCCCAAGCACAUCAACUCCUACCAAUGAAUCCAGCAAGCCUGAUAGUCGGACCCUCUCAGAUGUCAGCCAUAUUUCAAAUAUCAAUUUCAGUGGUGUUAAUGAAACAGGAUGUAGCUCAGCUGUGAAUAGCAAACUGGGUCUGCCUUUUGAUGAUGUGAUCAACUUGGAUAUUAGUUCUUUACAAGCUCCUGAAGAUUUACUAGACGGGUGUCGAAUUUACCUUUCAGGUUUCAGUGGCAGGAAGUUAGAUAAGAUGAGAAGGCUUAUUAAUUCUGGAGGUGGUGUUCGUUUUAAUCAGCUCAAUGAGGAUGUGACACACAUCAUUGUUGGUGACUAUGAUGAUGAUGAACUGAAACAAUUUUUGAAGAAGACAACACAGAGGCCAUAUAUUGUAACAACGAAAUGGCUUUUGGAAUGCUUUAGAAAGGGUUAUUUUGUAGCUGAGGAACAAUAUAUCUCUGCAAUGUACCAGCCAGUGGACACUGCCGUUUUGGAGCAUCAUGUAAUGAAACCAGUCCUUCCUCAAAAAAAUGGCUUUUCAAAAAAAGAAGUUGUGAAUAUUAUCCCAGUCCAGGAAGCAGAUGAAGACCUUCUUUCUCAGUAUACUAAUAAUUCCACUGUAGUUGACGUUGGUGACUACAGUGGUAUUAAUCACCCUGCCAUUCAAGAAGAAUUCCCUCCCAAUAUCAGUUCCUUGGCAGAGACUUCAACAACUGUCGAAGGAGCCUUGUUCAGAGGCAAGAAGUUUCUUCUUCUGGGCUUUGACAAAGAGGAAGAAUCCUGCCUAAGAGAUCUGACUGAAGAGUCUGCAGGGAGUGUUUUACCUCAACAUAGUAAAGCAAUUGCUGACUAUGCUGUGGUUCCACUGUGGGGGUGCAAGGUGAAAUCAACUGUUGGAGAUGUGGUCACAAAUACAUGGCUGAUGAUGUGUGUCGAACAACAGGUCCUUUUAGAUCCACAGUCAAGUUCACUUUUCACACCAGUGUCUGUGAAAGAAGGAAACACCUCCUUGGAAAAAUGCGUUUUAUCCUUCAGCCAGUUUAGUGGGGCAGAAAGAGUCUCUUUAAGAAACCUGGCAAAUCUGCUUGGGGCAAGAGUUCAAGAACACUUUGUGAGUAAGGCCAACCCAAGAAAAAACAUGUUUGUCAGCACACAUCUGGUGGUGAAAGAACCGAAGGGUUCUAAGUAUGAGGCUGCAAAGAAGUGGAAUCUACCUGCUGUUACUAUGGCUUGGCUGCUGGAGUCAGCAAGGACAGGAGAAAAGGCUGAGGAAAACAGGUUCUUGAUUGACAAUGUAGUUGCUGAAGAGAACUUCCAAAAUGAGCCAGCAGAGCCAGGAAUGGAUGCAGCAUCUUCAAAUACACCUGACCAACCUCGCAGUAUCUUUGAGACUGGGAAGAGAGCAGCAGUGACUCCUCUUGAUAUGAACCGAUUCCAGAGCAAAGCUUUCCAGACUGUUAUUUCACACCAUAUUGGUAAAAAGCCAAGCCCUCCGCCUGAGGGGAAAACAGUACAGAAAGAACCAUCUCUACAUUUGGAUACCCCAUCCAAAUUCUUGUCAAAAGACAAGCUAUUCAAGCCUUCUUUUGAUGUCAAGGAUGCUUUAGCAGCUUUGGAAACUCCAGAGGGUUCAAAACAGCGCAACAGAAAACUCAGUACUCCUCUUUCUGAAGUCAUUGGCAGGAACCUAAAACUGGCUUUGGCUAAUAGUGCUCGGCAAACGGCAGCUCUCAGUGCCAGUCCUCAGUUGAAGACUGCACCUCCGCAAGCAGUGGAAGACUCAAUGGAUCCUCUAGCUGAUGUUGUUGUAUGUGUCAGUAAGAAGCUCAGUAAAAGGCAGAGUGAGUUGAACGCAAUUACAGCUUCCCUCGGAGGGGAUUACAGGUGGAGUUUUGAUGAAAGUGUAACUCAUUUCAUCUACCUGGGAAAGCAAAAUGAUAGCAACCGAGAAUACAAAGCUGUUAAAGAAAGAGGUAUACACAUUGUGUCAGAACACUGGCUUUUGGAGUGUGCGAAAGCUUGUAAACGACUACCUGAGUCUCUCUAUCCGCAUACAUACAAUCCCAAAAUGAGUCUGAAUAUUAGUGGUGUACAAGACGACAGAGUCUCAACUAGGCUCAGCUCAUCUAGAAGAUCUGGAAAGGAAGAUGAGAGUAUUUCAUUGGAUGAUAACAAUCUUGAAGAUGUUACUACAGUUCAAGUGAAUGAGGCAAUUGAUACUUUAAAAGAGGAAGAAUCGUCAAAAGGAGUUUUAACACAGACAUUGGAAAUGAGGGAGAACUUCCAAAAGCAGCUACAGGAAAUCAUGACUGCUACAUCUUUAGAGAAACUACAGGGACAAAAGACCCCUUUGUCCAGAAAUGGUUUUGACAACUCUCCGACAACUCCAGAUGGUCCUCGUUCUCUGCGAAACGGCCGCAGUAGAGUCUUGGAAGCAUUAAGGUACUGUAGACAGUCCCGUCAAGUAGCAAUGGAUGUUAACACAGAGCCAUCUCAAAAUGAACAAAUUAUUUGGGAUGACCCCACUGCAAGAGAAGAGAGAGCAAGACUUGCCAGCAACCUGCAGUGGCCUGGUAGCUCAUCACAAUAUUCUGAACAAACGGCAGUGGAUGAAGUCAAAACAGACCUCUCACUCAGGAAAUCUCUGACUGAUACGGAAAUUGUGGAAAUGGAUGCCAGCAAUCCUGGAGAACCAAAUCAAGCUGAGGACCCAAAAACUGCAGCAUUUAGAGAUCCAGAAACCCCUGUCAAGGAAGAUAAUCCAAUCCUGACACCAUUGGCUCCUGCCAUUGCUUUCCCACUUGCAAAUCCUCCUGUGGCUCCACAGCCCAGAGAACAGAUUUUUAAAAUAGACCAGAAGGCUGAUGAUGAACCAGAAAAACAACGCAAAUUCCAGCUGUCUUCCCUUAACCUUCAAGAGCGAAUUGAUUAUUGCCAUUUGAUUGAGGAGCUAGGUGGGAUGGUGCUUGAGAAACAGUGCUUUGACCCUCGCUGUACACACACAGUUGUGGGAAGCCCUCUUCGCAAUGAGAAAUUCUUGGCAUCAAUGGCAGCUGGCAAGUGGGUGCUCCAUCGUUCCUACCUGGAGGCAUGUAGAACAGUGCAGCGUUUUGUAGAGGAGGAAGAUUAUGAAUGGGGAAAUAAUACCAUACUCAGUGUUAUUCCUGGGAUGAGCAUUAUCCAGAAGAAAUUAGCAGUUGCAGCCAUGAGAUGGAGGAAAGCAAUACAAAGAAGGAAAAAGGAAACGGGCAUUACUGAGGGAGCAUUUAGUGGUUGGAAGAUUGUUUUGAAUGUUGACCCAGCCAAAGAAGCAGGCUUCAAGCGUCUUCUAGAAUCAGGAGGAGCAAAGGUGUUGCCUGGUUAUUCUUCUGUUCUUUUUAAAGAAGUCACUCACCUUUUUGCUGAUUUUAAUAAACUGAAGCCAGAAGAUAUAAGAGUCAAUGUAGAAGAGGCUGCAGCUCAAGGAGUGAAUUGCCUGAAACCUGAAUAUAUUGCUGAUUACCUUAUAGAGGAACCACCACCACCAAUGGAAUGCUAUCGAUUGCCCGAAGCCACUGCCUAUCUUCAGAAUGGCAAAGAACAAGGAAAUGGGUUAUCACAAAAACGAAAAGCUCCUGAAGCAACAGCACACACAGUCAAGCGCUCCAGAAUGAAUUGAGACUGCUUUACCUUUAAAUAUAAUGAAUUUUCCAUUUCUAUUUGUUUUCUUUCAACAUGAAAAGACAUUAAAUGCUUUUGUAGUA